GCAGGCGGGCGAAUGGGCACAGGGGCCUCUGGUGCCAGCCAGCCAGGAGGGGCGCGUGCUGACGUUAGCUGCUUCCUGGCCUUUCACAGCUUCAGACUCCUAUAAAGGGAACUGGAUGGAAACAACAACUGAGGGGAAAAACAAUACGUGGUUUGCAGCCGCACUUUGAGUGAAAACUCAGAUGUGGGGGUCCAGUGUUUUUACGUGUGUGUGAGUGUGUUUGUUUGUGCUGUGUGUGUUUCUGCUGAGUCGUGUGAGGCAACGUAGCCAAGUGAGAGACAGGCCAGCUACAGAUCAACAGAACUCAGUGGAGAGAGAGAAGAAAAGAAGGGAAGAAGAAGUGUAGGAGGAGGAGGAGGAGGAGGCGGGGUGUGCUGGAGGACAAAACAGAGACGUAAAAAGUGGGGGAUGAUCAUAUCCAUAUGGAGGAGGUCGCUCCACUCUCAGAGAGAGAGAGAGAGAGAGAGAGAGAGAGGCCAACCAGUGAGGCGAGAGCAGAAAGAACCAGGCAAGUACAAGAGAAAAACACUGGCAAGUAAGUGGGAAAGGAAAGAGAAAGAGAGUAAGAGAGAAGGAAUGUUCUGCACUAGCAAUAGUUUUGUCUGUGUGUGUGUGUGUGUGUGUCUGAGAGACUCUCCAGUGUGUGCUAAACUCAGGCAGACUGACCGGAGCAGGAGGAGGAACGGGGCUUUCACUGACACCACUGAUGAAGCAGUGAAGUCACCGAGAGGAAUUUCGUCCGCCGGCUCGCCUUGUUUUCUACCCCUCCCACUCCUUCGUUCUCUUUCCCUCUUUCCCUCCCUCCCUCUCAUUCUCUCUGUAUUCCUUUAACACACUCACUCGCUCUUUCCUCCUCUGUCUUCCUCGGCCUCUGUCUUUCACAUCUGGAGUGGCGACUCACUUCCUCUGUUUGCCUGUUGCUUUUCAAGGCCAGUCAGCGGCGGUGGCGAUGCCUCGUCAUGACGACACUCUGACGACAGGAGGGACAUCACACUGAGGGGGACAAGACUGUCUCCAAACCGCAUCACACCGGGACCCCCCGCCCACCCCACCACCAUCACCACCAUCACCACCAUCAGGGGUCACCCAGCCCCAUUUUGGACAGUGGCGUUCCUUGAACUGCAGUCAUCAACUGAUCCUGAAGAGGAGCAGUUUGGGUGCUCUGCCUCAAGCUGCUGGAGUCUAGAACCGGAGGUGCUGCUGGUCUCGCUCGACGUACUCAGUUCCUCUUCUCGACAUCGCUUUGCAUUCUCCCCUGGGGGAGGCCCAGGGACAAUACGUGCUUUUGUCUGUCUGUGUGUGUGUGUGUGUGUAAGUGUGUGUCUGUGCGACUCGAGACACUGUGACUGUCCUUCGUGCUGCUUGACGCUUUUGGCUUGCCUUCACAAUGAGCUGCUUGCGGGCCACAUCCGCUGGCCUCUGCAAGCGCCGGGGAUCCCAGAGGAGCUGAGGGGCCGCCGCGCAGACCGGACCCUCUGCUGGACUCCUCCAGCCUGGUGCCCAUGCAAAUACACGUGCGCAGGGGAAAGCGGACUGUCAACGGUAACCCUGAAGGACCCGAGAAUGCCGGCCAAGUGUCAGAGAGGCUUUUUUCCACUCUUCCGUCCGCUUUGUUGAAGUUGAAGAAUGAAGAAGUGUUUGUCUCUGUAACACGUGCCGACACACAGACAGAUCCAGGUGUCCGCAUGCAGUGGGCAGUGAGACCAUGAGAGAGGUGGAUGUGGAGGGGCCGUGUGCGACACAUAUGUGCAUGCUCUCUCGGUCACACUCUCGGAUUACCCUGCUGGACGGUGAGCGGUCAGUGCAGCAUCUCCUGGGAGACGCCACGGGCCUGGGUGUGGGGCCGAACACAUCCCGGCGUUGAGUCGCCAUGACAACAGCAGCGUGGUACCACCGGGACAUCAGCCGCGUGCUGGCGGAGGACCUGCUGGCCCGCGCCGGACGAGACGGCAGCUUCUUGGUGAGGGACAGCGAAUCCGUGCCGGGAGCCUACGCCCUGUGUCUGCUGUUCCAGCGGCAUGUCCAUACAUAUCGUAUCCUCCCUGAUGCCGAGGGACUAUUGGCUGUUCAGACAUCCCAGGGAGUGCAGGUGAACUGCUUUCGAACCCUGAGUGACCUGGUGUUGGGAUACCAGCAGCCUCACAAAGGCUUGGUCAUCCCCCUUCUCUAUCCAGUAGGCCCUGAAGUAGAACCAGGGGAGGAGAGCUCAGAUGGUGAUGACGAGAAGCCGGCAGCUGGCUGGAUCCCCAGUGGGAACUCUCCUGUCUCCACGGCGCCCCCUGCUGCUCCACCAGCUCCAGUGCCCCUGACCCCCCAGCAGCUGCUCCUCCAGAGGCUGCAGGACAUCACCACACCCAGUGUGGCGUCAGAGGUGGUCAGCCUGCUGGUGGAGUAUCUGCACGGGGACCUGGGUCAGGACCUGGACGCUCUGAAGAGAGGAGGCAUCAGCCUGCAGCACCUCCAGCGCACCCUCAGCACAGUGUGCCACGGUCUGAGCAGUGAGAUUGACCACACCUUAUCCAGCUUAGAGACUUUGGCCAAAGUGUUUGACCAUCCCAGCUGUCCCCUGUCCUGCCAGCGACCUCAGAAUGUGGGCAAGUGGUCGGAUUUGAGCCUGGAAAGUCUGCUGUUCAAGAUCUCUGCUCUGUGCAACCUGUUGUCCACUUUGGAGAAGAGGGUGUUGAAAGCUCUGCAGGAUGCUGUAGUCAAUCACAACCUGGCAGUGCAGCCAGCUCCUCCUCUGGCUCCGGCCCCGUCUCAGUCUCCUGAAGUCACCCCCCCAGUGAAAAACCACACACCUCCCAUACCGGUGCACAGCUUUCAGGUGAAACUGGUUCGGUAUGGACGGAUGGUGGUGUCUGUAGAUGUGGACACAGGAGUGCUGCUGUUUGACAGGAAGUCUGCUUCCAUUGGUGUGGAGACAGUCACACAGGAUAGAAUUUUACAGCUGAUCAAGUUCCAGAGCAGUCCAGCCAAGCUGAGGAUGGUGGUGGACAGUCAUCAUAACACCCCACGAGAACUACUGUUUGAGAGUGCAAAGAAACGAGAGGCCUUUUGCCACCUCCUCCAGCUGAUGAAGACCAGACACCUACAGCAAACUGAGCCUGACGUCAUCUCUGUCUUUGUGGGCACUUGGGACAUGGGGGGCUCCCCUCCUCCACGAGGCCUGCAGUCCUGGCUCACGUGCUGUGGCCUCGGGCGGACCCCAGACGAGUCCACCGCCGCCCUGCCUCACGACGUGUACGCGGUGGGCACGCAGGAGAACCCGCAGGGGGAGAGGGAGUGGGCCGAGCACGUGCGGGCCUCCCUCAGGAGCGCCACCAGCAUGGAAUAUAGACAGGUGGCAGUGCAGUCCCUGUGGAACAUCCGCCUGGCUGUGUUUGUGAGACCAGAGCAUGAGAAUCGCAUCACUCAAGUGAAUUCAGCCAGUGUUAAGACAGGCCUUGGGAAUGCAUUGGGAAGCAAAGGGGCGGUUGGAAUCUCUUUCCUCUUCAACGGAACCUCCUUCGGCUUUGUAAACUGCCACCUGACCUCAGGCAGUGAGAAGGCCCUCAGGAGGAACCAGAACUUUCUGGAUGUCCUGAGGCUCUUAUCUCUAGGUGACCGGCAGCUCAGUGCCUUUGACAUCAGCCUGCGUUUCACUCACCUCUUUUGGUGCGGGGACCUGAACUAUCGGCUAGACCUAGAUGUGCAGGACAUCCUGAAGCACGUGUCCAAGAGAGAGUUCGACGAGCUCAUGUGUGCUGACCAGCUGACACGUGAGCGUCACAGGAGGAAAGCCUUCUUUAACUUCAAGGAAGAGAAGAUCACGUUUCCCCCCACCUACCGCUAUGAGCGAGGAUCCAGGGACUGCUACCUGUGGCAGAAGUACAAGACCAGUGGGGUGCGUAUUAAUGUGCCGUCUUGGUGUGACCGAGUUCUGUGGAAGUCCUACCCGGAGACACACAUCGUGUGUACCUCAUAUGGCUGUACUGAUGACAUCUUCACGAGUGACCACUCUCCUGUUUUUGCAACAUUCCAAGUUGGGCUGACCUCACCAUUCUUCAGAGCAGACUCCAACCCCAGUGUGGAGAAGGCCUGGAUUGAGGUGGAGAGUGUGGAGGCCAUAGUGAAGACUGCCAGUAAAGCAAAGUUCUUCAUUGAGUUUCAGUCCCUCUGCUUGGAGGAAGUCCGGCGCUCAAGUGAGAAUGACUCUCAGAGCUGUGAGGUCCCGGGGUUCCUCAAACUGGGCUGGCUGGCAAAGCAGCUUCCCAAGCUUCAACCCAUUGUUUCAGAUAUGGAAUAUCUUCGGGACCAGCAUCUACUUCUGUCAGUCAAGUCAUGUGAUGGUUUUGAGUCGUAUGGCGAAUGUUGUGUAGCUCUGCGCUCCCUCAUUGGCAGUGUGGCAGAGCCCUUCGAGACCUUCCUCACACACCGUGGCGAGGAGAUCGGAUCCAUCCGGGGACGGGUGCGAGUCCAUGUGCCCGUCGAGCGUCGGCAGGCCCGGGAGCGGAUCUAUGAGUGGUUCUGCUUUGAGAAAGACGAGAAGGGUCUGGUGAGGGGUCGCUUGUCGCCUCAGCCAGCUCGUGGAGUCCAGCCCCGAGCAUCGGCACCUCCCAGGACUCCAGUAGCACCAAACAGCUACACCAACCCAGCCUACUUCAUGUUUGAGGGAGUGCCGGUAUUGCGACGCAAAGAUGAAGAGGCUCACCCCCGCAAGGAACCUCAGGGGGUCUGGGCGCGAGAGUCAGUGGUGCAGCUGCCGAGGGUGACUGGGGGCAAUGUGCCGGACAGGAAGCCGCCCCGCCGGUCAGACUUCACAGAAAUCGAGAUCCCCGGUUGCCUUCCCUCUUACAUGCCCCCCUGUGACCGCACCUCUCAAUCGUCCCCGCAACAUGGCACAUCUUACCAGCUGUUCCCAACCAAACAGCCCCCGCCCUCUCUGCCCACCUCAAGCAGUGUACCGCCACCGAAAGACUACCACCUGCAGUCACGCAUCAUUAAGGCCGGUGGGGCUAUGGAAGCCGUCAUUCCGGUGAAGAACCUGAGGAACAUGUACAUGAAUCACGCUGCCAUCACCAGGGAGAUGCAGAGACCCAGUCAGAAAGAACCGGUCAGAAAGGAGCGUCCCAGGAUAAACCCAGAGCGAACUACCCCGGGCCGCAACGGGCCUCCCCUCUACCCCUACAUGUCCACGCGGGUGCCCCGCUGCGAAGCCUCGGCCCCCUGGGUGGUGGAGCCGCCCCCUGGGCCCUGCGGAGACCACUCCCUCACGGCUCUGCAGAUUGCCAAGUCCCUGAGUGAGGUCGACUUCCAGCCAGCAGAGAGCAAAAGCAAGUACCAGCCCAGCCACAGGCCCAAGCAGCACAGGAACCAGGGCAACCAUCCAGCACCGGCCACGGAGGCCAGUUACUGCUGGGAGAAAGAGGUUUCUGUCCUACAUGGGGCUCCAGAGACUGUGCAGGACCUGUUGAGCACCUUGGGCUUACAGCGUUACACACUGGGGCUAAGUCUCAACGGCUGGGAUGACUUGGACUACUUCAGGGGGAUCACUGAGGAGGACCUGCAUGCAGCCGGAGUGUCCAACCCCUCACAUCGCCGCAGGAUCCUGGAAAAUCUGCCCAAGAUCUGGGACUGAUCACACCAGGCUUUCACCUGAGGUUCCUCCACCUAAUCCCGGAGUUGGUACACGUCCUAAGUGGCAUGUACAUGUAAUUUAUUGUUUUUUUUUUUUUUAAUUUUUUACUGAAUAUAAAAGAAUUUUCUUUUGCAUUUCUGCUCCAAUGUAACACAUGAACGAUUUUUUUGUUCAAAUCCAUUCCAUGUCCUUCCUCAAGGUCUGUCUGGUGUGAGCUCUUUCCAGUAAGUGUCAUGCACUCAUGCACACACCUAGCAGUGUUUGCUGUACAUUCACAUGCCUCGUGUCCUCCCACAUCCUAUCUUUUAUGAUGUGAGUUUGGGGCCUCUUUAAAUUAUGAGAUUAUAGUGUCAAACAGACUAGCCACUGACUGUAUGGACACAGAUUGUAAAAAGGCCAGGGAUAUACGUCUCUGGGCCUUAACUGCACAUUGUGUUGCUAUGUAAGCAGCCUCGUCACAUAUGGGGUGGAUCAGGGUCCUUAUAUUUGUCUCACCAUUAACAUAUUGUUUUCACUGUCCUAAAGACAGACUACACAGAACCAUGUUGUUUGUGCUGUGAUUCAGCAUAGUGGCCCUUGGACACCCACACCUUUACAGGAAUGAGGAUUCAAAUGGCUAACUUGGCAUUUGUGGUGCAAUAUUUGUGCCAGCACUGCAGUGAGGUUGAGUGUGGUCAAAUAGACUAGCUGGCAUGUAGUUCAGUUUAUAUGGGCAGCCUGUGAGCCUUUCAACUGACAACUUUAACUUCUCAAUUACUCAACCACAAGAAUUGCCAUGUUCUUGGAAAACAAAGCAGGUCUCUGCCCUAGAAAAUGAAAUGAAAAAGCCUUGUACAUAUAUUUUGUCUUUGAUAUAUGGAGUCUGUCUCAUAUGGAAAUGUAUGUGUUGGGAAUGGGAAUGGGAAUAAAACUCUAGACUGUAGAGUCAUGUUUGCUUUGGCUUCAUAUAAAACGAUAAACAAUCCA